AUGAAUCCCAAACCUACCGUGGCCAUCUGCCCUGGCGGAUGGCCUUCAGUCGAAUUCUUCCAACCAGUCAUGCAGGCGUUCGAAGCAAAAGGCUAUCCUACAGUUUGGAGCAUCUCACCUGGCUAUCCCGAACAUGACCCAGCCAAGAUGCCACCCAUGAACCUCGAUGCGAAGCACCUACGCGAGAAAGUCCUGAUGCCACUUGUCGAGGAAGGGAAAGAUGUCGUCCUGUUCAUGCACUCAUACGGAGGCAUUUACGGGCCGUCCGCAGUGGAGGGAUUAAGCAAGAAGCAGAGGACCGGAAAUGGGCUGAAGGGGGGAGUCAUCGCGCUGCUCUGGGUGGCCGCCUUUGUGGCUCGGAAAGGAACGUCGGCAAUGUCGGCCAUGGGCAUGGAUCCAAACAAUCUUCCUGAUUGGAUUGAUUACGAUGAAUCUACUGGAUGGGUCGUGAUUCCAAAGCAGCAAGCAAAAGCCAUGCUUUUCCACGAUCUUCCUGAAGAAGAAGCCGAGAGACUGGCCAAUGCACUCCCCAGGCAGCCAUACUCCUGCUUCUCCUUGCCCGUCCACUAUGACCCAUAUGACGACCCGAACUUCCAGGGCUCCUUUGGGUACAUCUUCACAGAGGCAGAUAGGAUACUCCCUUAUGAGCUCCAGCAGAAGUUCGUCGAGAUUGGAGGUAUUAAGAAGACGAUGAUCUUGAAGGGCUCAUCCCAUUCCCCACACCUCGAACAGCCGGUUCAGUUGGUGGAACAUCUUGUGGACUUAUUGGGAGAGGUUACAGGCGAUGCGAAGUAGAGGGAUAAGCUGGGACGGAGAUUGAUUCCGAAAGGUUGCCUUGGAGGAUAGUAUACAUCUCUAGCUGCGAUCCAUUGUGCCUCUGAGCGAAAUAUAAACAGCUACCAG